AUGAAAUUCACUCUUACCAUCGUCUCGGCUAUCCUUGCCGCCGUCGCCAUGGCCUCGCCCAGCGUUCCCCGCGGCGAUGGCGACUCCGUGUCGGACGCCAGCUACGGCGAUUGCCUCACCGCUGCCGGCGCUAAGAAGGUCGCCAACAACUACGCCUCCCUCAUCGGCCAAUACACCGAGGCCAAGGCCCAGAACUUGCUCCACUCGGGCUUCAGCGAAACCAGCGACUCGAUCAACGUCCUCUCCAAGAAACCCCUCGGCAGCGUCACCUUCCCGACCAAGGCCGCCUUCAUCGCGGAGCUCAACAAGUUCCCGGUCUUCCCGCUCUCCAUCACCUCCAUCGAGGCGUACACCUGCGACACCGUCGUCGUGCGCUGGACGCAGACUUUUGGAAGGACGAAGCCCCAGCCCGCCGCUGGCAUCUCCUCGCUGCGCAUGAAGAAGACAAAGGACGGCUGGAAGUUCUACAGGAUCUUCACCGAGUUCAACAGCAUCACUUACUACCAGAACAUGGGCGGCGUCUGCCCUGUCGUAGCUGAGCGCGCUUCCAACAACAACAUCGAGUCCACCUCCACCUCCAGAGAGCGAGGUCGCUUUGGCCACCACCUACCGCAAUCGCCCUCGGCCUCGUACUUGGCCACACACUGGCCCACCCUCCCGAUGAGCCCGAUCGCCACGAUGCCGCCACUUGCAGUCGGCCUCGCCGUCACCUUCGCGGUGCUCAUGGGGUUCGUCCUCGCCAUCACGUGCAUGCUCUACUGCCGAGCAUCAGGUCGCGCCGGCGACCUCAACUCGCACAAUCUGGGCUUCACACCCCUCACCACGAUCCACGAGGCUUCUGACGAGGAGGACGAGGGCGAGGACGACAGGCGCCAGCGCACCGCGAGGUCACCUGUCUGA